AUGGCUGGCUCGGCGCUGGCUGGCACCUACUCGCAAUCGGAGACCAUCUCCGGCAACGACUUCUUCACCGCAUUCACGUGGGAGAACAUCGCCGACCCGACCAGCGGGCGCGUCGUAUACGUCGACCAGGCCACGGCACAGAGCGCCAACCUGUCGUACGUGACGGGCAGCUCAUUCGUCAUGGCUGUCGACUCCACCACCACACUCGCGGCGACUGAUGCUGGGCGGAACUCGGUCCGCAUCAAGUCGGCUAACACGUACACGACCCACGUCGCUGUCUUCGAUAUCGCGCACAUGCCGCAGGGAUGUGCUACCUGGCCUGCCGUCUGGGAGACCAACGAGAGCACCUGGCCCGAUGGUGGCGAGAUCGACAUCCUCGAGGGUGUGAACAGUGUCGUGCCCAACCAGUCGACUAUCCACGCUGGCCCUAACUGCGCCAUCCCUGCUUCUGGCACGACUGAGCAGGGCACUAUCGUCGGUACCGACUGCAACUCCAACGACAAUGGCAACGCCGGGUGUGGCAUCCAGUACGCCUACGACGACAACUCGAUCUUCGCUGGGUUCAACGGUGUCGGCGGUGGCUGGUAUGCCAUGGAGCGCACCGACACUGUGAUCAAUGUCUGGUUCUGGGAGCGGGGUGCGUCAGGCGUGCCCUCUGGUGUCUCGUCCCCCGCGUCGUCCAUCGACACGAGCACCUGGGGUACUCCCGCUGCUGCGUUCCCGAACACGGACUGCGACUUCUCGUCGUUCACCGCACACAACAUCAUUGUCAACAUCGAUCUGUGCGGUUCUUGGGCGGGAUCGGACACCGUGUACGCUGCGUCGGGAUGCCCGUCGACGUGUGUUGACUACGUCAACAGCAACCCGUCUGACUUUGCUGACGCUUACUUCGAGUUCAACGCCGUCACUGUCUACGAGUAA